CCAUUUUCACGCAGCGCGCAGUCAGUCAGGCAGGCAGGCAGGCAUCCAGCUAGUGGACCAGCGAGCUGUCAUCUUCAUGGGCGACAAGUCAGCUGUUUUAUUCAGCCCCAUGAAGCCGCUGUCGGGUUAGUUUGAUGGAGCUGUUCCUGCCAUGGAGCCACAGGGGGACAGGCUUCUGUUGAAUGGCUCAGACUAAAGCCAGUAUUUGACAGAUAGGUAGCUAGCGAUGUAGCUAACUGGUCAUCACUAACGGCGGUUGAUGCGGUGAAGCCCCAGUCGGCUAAACAUACCCCAGGCAGUUUGGACAUUUUUCUCUAAUAACGUGUGUAUUUUUUACACGCAUCCACAGACGUUGUCGGUUAAAGGAAGGACACCUCCAUCUGAAAAAACAAGGGAAAGCGGCGAGGAAAGGCAGCGUUACAGUCUAGCUACAUUGGCAACGGAUGUCCUAGAGAACGGAUGCGUGAGGACAUGUCCACCAUGGUGUGUGUGAAGGAGGAGGAGGACCCUGGGGAGAAACUGUCCCAGGAUGAGAUCAUCUCCCGGACCAAGCAGGUGAUCCAGGGGCUGGAGGCCCUAAAGCAGGAGCACCACUCCAUCCUGGAGGGCCUGCUGGGCACGCUGCGCUGCCUGAAGCAGGAUGAGGAGGGCGUCCUGGUGGAGGAGAAGUCCCACAUGAUCCGCAAGUCCCUGGAGAUGCUGGACCUCGGUCUGAGCGAGGCACAGGUGAUGAUGGCGCUGUCGAGCCACCUGAGCUCGGUGGAGUCGGAGAAGCAGAAGCUGCGAGCUCAGGUACGCCGGCUCUGCCAGGAAAACCAGUGGCUGAGGGACGAGCUGGCCGGGACGCAGCAGAAACUGCAGAAGAGCGAGCAGAGUGUGGCCCAGCUGGAGGAGGAGAAGAAGCACCUGGAGUUCAUGAACCAGCUGAAGAAGUACGACGAGGACUUGUCCCCAUCUGAGGAGAAGGACUCCGACUCCAGUAAAGAGACAUUGGAUGAUCUCUUCCCGGAUGACCAGGACGAUCAAGCUCCAGGCAUCCAGCCUGCUCAUGGCAGCGCUGCAGCAGCGGCUGCCCAGCAGGGAGGUUAUGAGAUCCCCGCCCGUCUGAGGACCCUCCACAACCUGGUGAUCCAGUACGCCUCCCAGGGCAGGUAUGAGGUGGCUGUGCCUCUCUGCAAACAGGCCCUGGAGGACCUGGAGAAGACCUCUGGACACGACCACCCAGAUGUGGCCACCAUGCUCAAUAUCUUAGCCCUCGUUUACAGGGAUCAGAACAAAUACAAGGAGGCAGCCAACCUGCUGAAUGAUGCUCUGGCCAUUAGGGAGAAGACUCUCGGCAGGGACCAUCCAGCGGUUGCUGCCACCCUCAAUAACCUGGCUGUCCUGUAUGGGAAGAGAGGGAAGUACAAGGAAGCCGAGCCUCUGUGCAAGAGGGCGCUGGAGAUCAGAGAAAAGGUGCUAGGGAAGGACCACCCAGAUGUGGCCAAGCAGCUGAACAACCUGGCCCUGCUGUGUCAGAACCAGGGCAAGUAUGAGGAGGUGGAGUACUACUACAUGAGAGCGCUGGAGAUCUACCAGACCAAACUGGGCCCCGACGACCCCAACGUGGCCAAGACCAAGAAUAACCUGGCGUCCUGUUACCUGAAGCAGGGCAAGUUCAAGCAGGCUGAGACUCUUUAUAAAGAAAUCCUCACUCGAGCUCAUGAGAGGGAGUUCGGCUCUGUUGACGAUGAGAACAAACCGAUCUGGAUGCAUGCUGAGGAGCGAGAGGAGCAAAGCAAAGGAAAACAGAAGGACGGCUCACCAUUUGGAGAAUAUGGAGGCUGGUACAAAGCCUGUAAAGUCGACAGCCCGACUGUGACCACCACCCUCAAGAACCUGGGCGCCCUCUACAAGCGGCAGGGCAAGUUUGAGGCGGCAGAGACCCUGGAGGAAGCUGCCAUGCGUUCCAGAAAGCAGGGUCUGGACAAUGUGCACAAGCAGCGCGUGGCUGAGGUCCUGAGCGAGCCGGAGGCCCGCGAGAAGCAGCGAAGCCGCGAGAGCUUGACCUCUGACACGGUGAAGUACGAGAGCGGGCCGGACGGUGGCGAGGAAGCAUAACUCCAGAUGCCUUGUAAUGGUUCUAAAAACUUGUCUUCUGCAUGACGGACGCCUCGCCUCACCUCACCUCACCUCGCCUCACCUCGCCUCAGCCCCUCCAGCUUUGCAGUUUUCUUCAGCUCUGACUCCCCCUCUCUUUUCUCCCCCACCACCUCUGUGUUCUGGUGGGAUUCUCCACGCCAGGCUGAAGAGCGGUAGCGUUGCUUUUACACCCUCCUCUCUGCUGUGUUCGGGAACGGGGGGUGGGCCGGGGUGGGGGACGGGGGCACGGACACAGUUUGCGUGUCUAAAUCCAAACUGCUGCUUCCUGCUUGUUUUGAAGGUCUGUACUCGGCUGUGUAUCUGCUGUGGGAGGGAGAGGACCGGGGUGAUGUUUCUUUAUGGCAACAUUAAACUUGUGCUUCUUACCUUGUUAUUUCUUGCUGUCCUUUAACAGUAGCCUCUGCUUCUCCACCUCCUCCCUCUCUGUCACGCUCCAGUGUUUUUAAAACUGUAUUUCAUUUUGGUUGUAGACCCCAAAGGUUGUUGGGGGAAUUGUGUGGGGAGAUCGACAGUGUGCCCUUAAUCCACUUCUCUUCUUUCUACUUUGUUUUCCAAACUGUCCUUUAACUCUCUCCACUUUCACCUGAACUCUGAAUUUUGGACUAAGUCGUAAAUAAAAUGGGAGAAAAAUGUUAGAAGACAUAUCUAUGGACACGACAAAAAUCAGUCCCAGAACUUAUAAAUAGUUUUCUCAGUAAAGAAACACAUGAAGAGAAAAAUGCAAAGAAAUGACUUCAUGUCAGGUCUUUUCUUUUUUUUAACUCUAGCUUGGCUGUUUCAUGGUUUCCCCUCUUUGCUGUUUGCUAGUGAAAUGUGCAAAUUAAAGUGAUGUGUAGCAUGUAGAGCUGAAAUGAUUAGUGACUUAAUUAAUUAGCCAAUCAACAGAAAAAUAAUUACCAGCUAAUAUAAUAUUCUAAUAAUCAAUUUAUUAUUUUACUUUUCAAGCCAAAAUCCACUGUUUUUCAAAAGUGAAGAUUUGAGGCUUUGUCACGUUACCUGAUGAUAAACUGAAUAUCUUCACAUGUUGAUGUAAAAGUUUUCAGUCAGAACUGAUCUGUAUGAUUAAAAAAAAUCAGUGAAAAACAGAUUUAACACAGAAAAGAGAAAUAAAUACCCGAAGAGACAACAAACAUACAGACGCAAAACUGAUUACAUCCUGUUGAUGGUCAGGUGAUCAAACAAAAGAUACACAAUAACACUUACAAUAGGACCUUUGUCAGACACCAGGUGUGUCUCAGGUAUGAAAUGGUCGGAGUUAAAGCUUUGAACUCUCCUCUUUAUCCUCCUCCUCUCUCUGUCUCUCUCUCUCUGGAGGUUAGAGGGUUUUCAUCUGUCCUCCGUGGUCCAUGCAGUUGACUUCAGCGUUAACAUGUGAAAUCAUUAGUGGUGAUUCAGAACAUCCUCAGCUCAUAGUGACUGUAACAUGCUGUAAAUAACAUCAGCGUAACUCGUCAGCAUGAUCGAGGGCACCGUGGAUUGUGGCUCUGUAGGUUUCUGCUCCUGUUAGAGUUUAGUCAUUAUUGUGUCGCUCUGUGCUCUGUGUCAUCUGUUCGUAACGGUGUCAGACCAAAAACUACACGAUGUCGUGGUGUCAACUAUGACAACGAGAGGACACAUUAAAGGUAACAGGAUUCAUGCACGAUGGAUUUAAAUCGUCGGGUCGGUAACAGAACAGAGGAAACAUGAAAACGUUUGAUUUGAAGCUGCAGCAGCAGAACGUUUUCUACUAAACGUCAGUGUGGAGGAAAAGAAGUGAUACGAAGCCUAAACACCACGUUUACCACGUGUAUAUCUCUGUAUAUAGAUGUGAUGGUGGGGGGGGGGGGGGGCUGCAGUAAACAAGCUCUGUUGCAUUUGUGAAAAUGUGGGAACUGAAAUCGUCUCCUCGUUGGUCUCUUCUUGGCUCCUGCUACUAAUCUUCUGCGUCUCCUGUCCUGUUUGUGCAUCUUACAGUUUGUCUUUCUUAACUUCUAAUAAAACCUAAAGUCUUUGCUCACCUGAACCUGUGCCUGUCGCCUCUUUGUGUGCUUCCUCUCUUCUCUGUGUGUGCCUUUCAUAACUGGGUGAGCUCUAAACCUUCAUACCUCUCAGCAGCAGCAGCAGCGCUCUCUGUGCUCACACUGUUCACUGGCUGGAGACAAAGCAGAUGAAAAUACAUCAAACUAACUCCAUUCGUCUCUGCGUCCUUGUUAGCAUCAAAGAACUGGAGUUUCUUCAGGGUUUUUAUUGAAGUUGUGUCCUAAAUGUUCAUAAAGUGUGGACAAAAGAACUAAAUAUUCAAAAUUCAUAUUUGUCCCUCAAGGAUUAAACAGCAUUCAUCAUUGAAAUAGUAGCAAAUAAUCCUCUGGAGGUUCACAGAGUAGUUCAGUGUCAGACGUCAGUACUUCUUCAUCACAUUCGUUCAUUAGUGGAUUAGUGUGAGCGGAUGAUAUGAGGGUGAAGAUGCAGGCAGACGCGGGUGUUGGGGCUUAGACCACCUGUAAAGAUGAGCUGCUAUAACCUGAGUUUUUUUUUUUGACUUGAAAUUAUAAGGUGAAUGAAUGAACUCAGAUCACUCACUCAACUCAUUAAGUGUAGUUAAAAAAAACGUCCUCGUGUUCUUAGAUUAUGGAAACUUCCUGUUUGUCUUUAAUACGUUUAAAUGAACUCGUGAAAUCGAUGUGAAUGGUGAUGAAAGUGUUGAACAGAACAGUGAAUCAGAGGCUCUGGACACUCACAGGUGUCCCAGUUGUCUGUGCUCAGGUUGCAGGCAGGUGAAACGACGCUGAUCACACUGUCAUUAUGAAACGUCAGUGGACAUGACGGUGUGAUCAGUCCCACACAGACAGACGCAGUCUCCAUGGACCGUGGGUGUGCAGGGCCCACAUUACUAAAUGAGCGUGCAGCUGCAUCACUGCAUCAUGUAUGCACAUGAAAUACUUUGCACGAGAGACUGUGCACCUCUGUACACAGGUGUGUGCGUGUGUGUGUGUGUAUAUUGGCUUUUGACCAGUGUUACCUGACUGUUACACACUUUGACAUAUCACUGUCCCCAAAAGUCCAACAGUUGUUGGCAAACAACACAUUGGUCUGAUGCUAAUAUACACGCAGUAUAUAGAGCCUGUGUGUGUGCGGUUGUGUAUAUACACUCCAGAUGUGUGUAGUUGUUAGAACACUGUGUGUGUGUGAAUGAGUGUAACCCUGUGACGUCUCCCAUCAGGACGGCUCCGGCUCUCUGAAGAGGAGCGGCUCCUUCAGUAAACUGCGAGCGUCGAUCCGUCGCAGCAGCGAGAAGCUCGUCCGCAAGCUGAAAGGCGGCGGCUCGUCACGAGACAGUGAGCCCAAGAACCCUGGGUAACUAUC